GGCGUAUUUCUUUUCCGCAUCUCCUCCCCGAUAUCCUCCGCCCCAUGCCCACACGUUCUCAGCGGCGUCGCAUCUCCUCUCCGAUCUCCUCCGCCCCAUAUCCACCGCCUCCCGAUUCCAUCCGACCACAGGAGUGGAGAAGGAGAAAAGAAAAGAAAGGAGAGCGUCCAAUCUUUUUCUUUUUGUCCUUCUGUGAAUCAGGACGAGAUGGGGCUAGGAAUUAGAGGAGGAGGAGGAUCGGCGGGUCUCCGCUUGGCGCUGGCCCUGGCGGUGGCCUCUCUUUUCGCCUUUCCCACCGGAUCCCUCCGCUUCGACUUCCAAUCGGGCAAACCCAAGUGCAUCUCCGAGGACAUCAAGCUCCACGCCAUGGCCGUCGGCAAGUACAACAUCGUCAACCCCGACGACUCCAGCCCCCUUCCCGACUCCCACCGCGUCACCGUCCGGAUUUCGUCGCCCCAUGGGAAUAGCAUCCACUCCGCGGAUAAAGUGGAGGCUGGGAAUUUUGCUUUCACUGCGAUGGAGGCUGGGGAUUACUUGGCGUGUUUUUGGACGCCCGACCACAAGCCGCCGACCACGGUGACGCUCGAGUUCGACUUGAGGACGGGCGUUGCCGCCAAAGACUGGACAAGUAUUGCUAGGAAGGGGCACCUUGAUCGCGUAGAGCUGGAGUUGUUGCAACUGAGGGAUACUGUUCAGUCAAUCCAUGAUGAUAUGUUCUAUCUUCGUUUAAGUGAGGAAGCAAUGCAGGGAAUGAACAGAACGACAAAUUCUAGGAUGGCAUGGCUAAGUUUUCUUUCACUUGCUGUAUGUUUAUCAGUGGCGGGCUUGCAGUUAUGGCAUCUAAAGACCUUCUUUGAGAGAAAGAAGCUGCUUUAAUCCUAUUUUGAUCACAUUAUGUACCAAUUCAUCAUUGUUGUAUCAGGUUGGGAGAAACUCCUGAAGGAAUUUGUCUUUUUAAAAGUGGGCCUGAGAACUGCAUGCAUUUAACUUGCCGCAUGUAGUCUUACUUAUUUGGACUGAAAGAUAUAUGCAAUCGCACCUUGGUUGCUAAGUUUGCUGACUUAGCAUGCCUUCCGUUAA